GACUUUACUUUAGAUUGACCAGGAAAUUGCUUGGAAAUUCUCUCCUUGUACAUGACUAAUCAGCUAAUACCACUCUGCUCCUACAGUUUCAGACCAAGUGAUUAUCUGGGUGAGAGUUUUAAUGGCAACAAUAGAUGCUGAGAUCUCAGAGGAAUCAAUGUCACUCGCGAUUGAUGAUAUAGUGUAUGUUGCAGUGGGAAAGGAUGUUGGAGAAAGCAAGUCGACUUUGUUAUGGGCAUUACAGAAUUUUUCUAUCAAGAAAGUUUGCCUUGUUCAUGUUCACCAGCCUGCAAAAAUGAUCCCCUUGAUUGGUGGAAAUUUCCCAGCUAGCAGACUUGAACAACAUGAACUGAGGGAAUUCCGUGAACUUGAAAGGAAGAUUAUGCACAAGGUCUUGGAUGAUUACCUUCUCUUGUGUCACCGAGCAGCGGUCCAUGCAGAAAAGCUUUACAUUGAAAAGGAUGACAUAGGAAAGGGGAUUGUGGAACUCAUGUACCAGCACGCUAUCAAGAAACUUGUUAUGGGUGCAGCUGCUGAAAGACAUUAUUCAGAGGGAAUGAUGGAUCUCCAGUCCAGAAAGGCCAAAUAUGUCCAACAGUGUGCACCUUCUUCCUGUCAAAUUUGGUUUAUCUGCAAGGGGCAUCUCAUACACACAGGGACUUCUACAGAUGCAUUUGCUGACCUGGAUCCUUUUACACUAAAUAUAAGUGGGGAGAUUACUGGACUUGAGCUAGAAUUAAGUGAAAUUCCCGAUAUGGAGGAAGAGAGUGAUUUACAUACUCCUGAUGCUUUGGAACAGAAUAGUGUUGAACAACUUUAUAAACAAUUGGACCGGGCCAUGGAGGAGGCUGAAAAGUUUAAGCGAGAAGCAUUUGAAGAGUCACUAAUUCGAGGGGAAGCUGAAAAGACUUCCAUCAAAGCUCUUCGUAAGGCCAAAGUAUUGGGAAGCCUGUAUGCCGAGGAGUUAAGGCACAGGAAAGAAACCGAGGAAGCACUAGUAAAAGAAAAACAAGAGCAUGGAAGAACGAAGGACCAACGAGAUGAAACACAUUUGGUUGCCAUUGAUCAGAGAUUAUUGUGGGAGACUGAUCGUUCAAAAUUUGAUAAUAAGAUAAAAGAGUUGGGUGACGAAGUACUUGCUUAUGCAGAACAGUGUAAGGAAUAUGAGGAAGAAAGAGAUGAGUUAGUUAAGGAACUUUCAAAAAAGCAAGCAGAAGAUGCCUCGAGCAUGCAUAUUCAUCAGCUUCUUUCUAUCUUCUCUUUGUCAGAGAUUGAGGAAGCAUCUCGCAAUUUUGACCCAUCAGUAAAGAUCGGAGAAGGUGGGUACGGGAACAUUUAUAAAGGUUUCCUUCGUCAUACCCCAGUAGCUAUAAAAAUGCUGAACCCAGAAAGCAUGCAGGGGCAUGCUGUGUUUAAACAGGAGGUUGAUGUAUUGAGUAAGUUGAGGCAUCCACACCUGGUCACUCUCAUCGGAGCCUGCUCUGAAGCUUGUGCUCUAAUCUAUGAAUAUCUUCCAAACGGAAACCUUGAAGACCGCCUCAAUUGUGAAGGCAACACUCCACCAUUGUCAUGGCAAGUCCGAAUACGCAUAGCCACUGAGUUAUGCUCUGCCCUAAUAUUUCUUCAUUCCAGUACUCCUACAAGCAUUGUGCAUGGUGAUUUAAAACCUGGAAAUGUACUCCUUGAUGCCAAUCUCUCAUGUAAACUCAGUGAGUUUGGAAUCUGUCUAGCUGAUCACAACACAAGAAACAUCACGCAAUAUCACAAAACUGAUCCAGAGGGCACCUUUCUCUACCUGGAUCCUCAUUUUCUUACAACAGGAGAGUUGUCUCCCAAGUCAGACACUUACGCAUUUGGAAUCAUACUCUUACAGUUGUUGACUGGGAGACCAGAAUUUGGCCUGGUAAAGGAAAUCAGAGAUGUGAUAGAUGAGGAAAAUCUGACCUCCUUGAUAGAUCCCUUAGCUGGGGAUUGGCCAUUUGUGCAAGCCAUGCAAUUGGCUCGUCUGGCUUUGAAAUGCUGUCAAAUGGAACGAAGCAGCCGCCCUGACCUUGCCUCAGAAGUGUGGAGUGUGCUAGAACCAAUGAGAGAUUCUUGUGGGCCCUUAUCAAGAUUCCAGUUUGGUUCUCUACAAUGUCAAACGCCUCCGCCUUAUUUCAUCUGUCCCAUUUUACAGGAAGUUAUGCAAGAUCCUCACAUUGCGGCAGAUGGAUUUACUUAUGAAGCAGAGGCUUUGAGAGGCUGGCUGGAGAGCGGCCAUGAUACAUCACCAAUGACAAACCUGGAGCUUGAACGCUUUGAACUUAUCCCUAACCAUGCUCUUCGUUCUGUAAUUCAGGAGUGGCUACAACAGCAUUAAAAUGCCUUCAUUCUAUAUUCAGAGACAUGGCUAUCCCUAAGCUACGACUUUGCAGUCGGUUAUGUUUGAAGUUCCCAUUGAUGAUGCUGGACCCUCAAAAUAUUAGUUUCAUUUAUUGCCUUCUAAGUCCUCCAUGUCCUUUCUUUUCUUGGUAGUUUCUUUAAUGGAUUUUAAGUUCCUAACGUGUGUUUGGUGUGCUGUAUAAAGAUGGACUUGGAUUUUACAAGAUAAAAAUUAAUUUUUUUCUUGUUCAA